AUGAAACAAUCAAAUCACAAUGGUGCGGUUGUCAAACAGUUGGCACAGACAAAACAUCGUAUGAACAGGCAGGAGCUCGAUGAAACUCGGAAUAUUUUUAAUUAUGAAAGCAUUCAAAAAUUUGGCAUUGAGAGAGUAAAUCUCGAGGUAAUACUUGCCUUUAAAAUUGAUGGACAAGAUGUUUGGCCUCGCCUUAAGCCUCAGCUUUGA